AUGGCUCCUAAAUCAAAGAAACAGACUGCUUCUCAGUCCAAGUCAAAGAAACUGAAGGAUUUAAUUGAUGAAAGAUUUCAAGCAAUUGUCUUAACUGACUCUUUUGAAACAAGAUUCAUGCCAUUAACUGCAGUACAUCCAAGAUGUCUUUUACCAUUGGCAAAUGUACCAUUAAUUGAAUAUACUUUGGAAUUUUUAGCCACUUCAGGAGUUAAUGAAGUAUUUCUUAUGUGUUCAGCACAUGCAGACCAAGUUCAAGAAUAUAUUGAAAAUUCUAAAUGGGUCAGUUCUCAUUCUCCAUUCACUGUUACUACAGUAAUGUCUGUUGAAUCAAGAUCUGUUGGUGAUGCCAUGAGAGAUUUGGAUAAUCGAGGAUUAAUUACAGGAGAUUUCUUAUUAGUUUCUGGUGAUGUUGUAACAAAUAUAGAUUUUAACAAAGUUAUGCAAUUCCAUAAACAAAAGAAGGCUCAAGAUAAGGAUCAUAUUCUCACCAUGGUUUUAAAUCAAGCAUCUCCAUUGCAUAGAACUAGAUCACAAGUCGACCCAGCAACAUUUGUAUUGGAUAAAGAAACCAACAGAUGUUUCUACUAUCAAAGAAUCCCACCAGUUGAUGGUAAGAAAACUAGCAUCAGUAUGGAUCCAGAACUUUUGGAAGACAUCACCGGUGAUAUUAUGAUUAGAAACGAUUUGAUUGAUUGUCACGUUGAUAUUUGUUCACCUCAUGUUCCACAAAUUUUCCAGGAAAAUUUUGAUUACCAAUAUUUAAGAAGUGAUUUUGUUAAAGGUGUUUUGACUUCUGAUUUAUUAAAGAAAACAAUUUACGCAUAUAUUAGCAAAGAAAGCUCUGAAUACGCAGCCAGAGUCGAGAGUUGGGGUACAUAUGAUGCUGUCUCUCAAGAUAUCUUAGCCAGAUGGUGUUAUCCAUUGGUUCUUGAUUCAAAUCUUGUGGAUGGAAGCUCAUACUCUUAUGAACUAAAUAACAUCUACAAAGAAGACAAGAUUGUAUUGGCACAAUCCUGUAAGAUUGGUAACUCAACUUCAAUUGGUAGAAACUCCAAGGUUGGUGAAGCUACAUCUAUUAAAAAAUCAGUUGUUGGUAGAAAUUGUACCAUUGGAGAUAAUGUGAUUAUUGAAAAUUCAUAUAUUUGGGACAAUGCUGUUAUUAAGGAUAAUUGUGUUUUGAACUAUACCAUUGUUGCUGCUGAUGCCAUCAUUGGAAAGAAUGUAACAUUAUCUUCUGGAUCCGUUAUUGGAUUCAAUGUGGUUAUUGGUGAUGAUAAGAUCAUUCCAAACAACGUGAAAAUAGCCGAGAAUCCAAUUGUUGCUUGUGAUGCAUUCGAUGGCAAUUUUGGUGAUGAUAGUGAUAGUGAUAGUGACGAAGAAGAAGGUACUGCCGGUAAAUCGCAAAUCCCUUCAUUAGCCGUUAAAGAUGUUGAUUUGGUUGGAGAAGAUGGUAAAGGAUAUGUUUAUGAAUCAGAUGUUGAAAGUGAUAGUUAUGAAGACGAAUCUAUCGGUGGUGAUAACUAUUCAGGUAUAAUUUACCAAAUGAAGACCUUGAACUUUUCAGACGAAUCCAUUGCUUCAGUUACAAACAAGAGAACAAAGUCGAGCAAACAUAAACGUAGACAUUCAACCAACUCAAUGGUUAGUGAAAGUGGAGCCGGUCCAUUUGACAGUGAAUUUGAAGAAGAUGAAGAAGAAGAUUUUGCUAAAGAAGGUUACGCAACUGUUAACCGUGCAAUUGAAAACAAUCAUGAUAUAGAUACUGCAUUGCUAGAAUUGAACACUUUAAGAAUGUCGAUGAAUGUCACUUACCACGAAGUUAGAAGUGUUACCACAGAAGCUUUGAUAAAUAAAAUAGUUGAUUUCAUAGCCACUGAUACAUUAAAACCACAAGAAGCAGCUACCAAGAUAUUUAACAGAUGGGGAUCCAUGUUUAAAAGACAAGUUUUCAGUCCAGAAGAAGAAAUUGAUUUAUUGAACAUUUUAGAAAGCAAGAUCAGCGUAUUGGAUAAGUCGUAUAAUCAAGUCAUUUUGUUUCUUGCCGUAAAGACCUUGUACGACUUGGAUGUGGUUGAAGAAGACAAUAUUUUGGCAUGGUGGAAUCAAGGAGAAGAUUCAGAAGUUAGAACUUUAACAACCAAAUUUAUCACAUGGUUGGAGGAAGCUGAUGAGGAGGAAAGUGACGAUGAUGAAGACGAUAGUGAAUAG